GUGCAGAAACCUGGCAGUGCUCUGAUUGGGCUGUUGGAGUGCGUGUGGCCUCACAGGAUUUAAGGUUUUUCUACAUCAUUCAGCUGAUGACAGCGUGACGUCGUAUCAGGACAGUUUCUACUAAACUGAUAGGAAGAAACUCAUCAAGAGCAACUUUUCUCUCAGUUUGCGCCAUCCUGCUGAAUCGGCAGCGGCGCUCUGAAGCUCCGCCCCUCCGGAUCCGGGACAGAUGGGUCCUCUGGUGGCCGUCCCCGUCCUGGCCGGCCUGAACGGCGUCCUGGGCAUCUGGGCCGUGUUUGGAGUGGCCUGGUUGAGUGGGACGGUGGAUCUGACAGAGGAUUUUCCGUACAUCAGUACGUGUGGAGACAAACCUCCUGCUAGCUGCUGGUUCUCUCAGGUCUGCAACAUCGGCUGCGUCCUCGCUCUGACAUUCGAGACUCUGCGGUUCCGACAUCUGAAGGAUUGUCCAAAGUGCUCCAGCCGUCUCAACAUCGCCAGCUUCAGUUUGGGAAUCAUCUCCUCCGUGGGAUUAUCCGUCACCGGAAACUUCCAGGUCUCUUCUAUCAAAUCGGUUCAUUACAUCGGUGCAUUUCUGGGGUUUGCUGGUGGCCUGGCCUACCUCUGGAUCCAGCUGUUCCUCAUUAGCAACCGGAUCCUGAAAUCUUCCGGAUUCGCUCUCUGCUCCGUCUGCAGCGUUCUGCUCUGCUGCCUGGUGGGCUUCCAUCACUCACAUCGUUACCACGCUGCCGCCAUCUGUGAGUGGACGCUGGCCACGCUGUUCUUCCUGCUCUACCCGCUGUUUGUGUUCGAGUUUGCAGACAUUAAAUGCAAACUCACCAUAAAGUCCUCGGGUUGUGGACCCCACAGGUCCGCCGGGCCUCAGUACAAACCAGGAGACUCAGAGUCAGCAACGCCGCUCUGACGACGUCUCUCUGUUACCAUGGAAACAUCCCUGCGUGGAGGAUCUGGUCUCUGUGGGUCAAAGGCUGCGUUCACACUGCAGCCUGAAGUGACCCAAUUCCAGUUUUAGCUGAAGCUCACCUUCAUCCUGUGUUUGUUGGUUCCUGAUGAAAUCAUUGAAAAACUUCCUGGUGGCCAUUUCUGUCUGACAACAGAUGAAAAAUAGCCUUUUGGCU